GUGGUGGAUCUACUAGCAGACUUCCAUGCUUGCCCCCGCCCCCAAAAAAUCUGGAAACUUAGGGGACAUUAAGACUCCAUCAUUUGAUCUCUCUGCAAUGCCACAAAACUCCCAAACUCUUCUUUUUGCGAUGUGGAUGCGGCAGCAAGUGGGCUGAGACUUUUUAGCAUCGACCUGUCAGAUCGGAUGCCCCGAUGAGAGAUCCAGUUGACAUAGCGGCUGCCAUGGCUUACCAUCCUUUCCAAGCUCAUCGACCAGGUGCCUUGCCCCUAUCAGCCUUCUUCACCGCCGGUCAGCCCUCGUUUUACCCCGCGCUGCCUUUCCCAGACGUCGCCUCCCUGUCCGAGCCGGCUGCCUCCGACGCAGCGCUGAGACGCCAGCAUCAGCCGGCUCAUCCGCAGUCCUCGAAGAGCCUGCCGACAGAAGACGGGCUGGAUGAUGACCCGAAAGUCACUCUGGAGUCAAAAAAUUUAUGGAAGGAAUUUCACAAAAUGGGAACUGAGAUGGUUAUUACAAAAUCGGGAAGGAGGAUGUUUCCAGCUUUCAAAGUGCGGGUAGACGGGCUGGUCCCAACAGCAAAGUACAUCCUGCUGAUGGACAUAGUCGCUGUUGAUGACUGCCGCUACAAGUUUCACAACUCCCGCUGGGUGGUGGCUGGGAAAGCUGACCCGGAGAUGCCAAAGCGCAUGUACAUCCACCCAGACAGCCCGUCCAAAGGAGAUCAGUGGAUGAGCAAACCCGUCGCCUUUCAUAAACUCAAACUCACCAAUAAUAUGUCGGAUAAGCAUGGAUUUACCAUUUUGAAUUCAAUGCAUAAAUACCAGCCCAGGUUUCAUAUUGUGAGAGCCAACGACAUAAUGAAGCUUCCGUACAGCACGUUCCGGACUUACGUUUUCCCGGAGACGGAGUUCAUCGCUGUCACUGCGUAUCAGAAUGAAAAGAUUACGCAGCUAAAAAUUGACAACAACCCCUUUGCCAAAGGAUUCAGAGACACAGGGAAUGGAAGGCGAGAAAAAAGGAAUAAGCAGUUAACCAUUUCUUCGCUGCACAAGAACCACAGCAAAGCGGAUCAGGACUGUGCUGAUUCUGAUGACUCGUGUGAACAACCCAGCACCAGCGAUCCCUUUUAUUCCCCACGGGAGCUGCUGAGCAGCCCUCUCAUGUCUACACCAACCUGUCAAGAUGACAACAAUAUUGGAAGUGAUUCAGAGAUUGAUCUCCAAGACGAGGACAAUGCUGAAGCCAGCUGUUCCAGGACUGAACAUAUGAGUCAGAAGACCAAGGAGACACUGUGGAGCAAGCCUUCUCUCAGUAACAAAGACGACAAUCAGGACACAACAAAAGAGAUGUUUAGAACAUCAGAUGACAUGUACUCUGUGGAAACUGACGAGUCGAGGAGGCACACGAGUGAAAUCAAAGACGGGGUCCCGUCUGUGAUGUCACAAACGCAGAGCUCGCUGGCCCUCAGCUCUGGUCACCUUCAGACUUUGGAUGUCUCCAGUGCUCAGAGCCAACAGUUUCUAAAGCUCGGGGCUCCUUUGUUGUUUCACCCGGGACAGUUAGCAAAGCCGGAGGGGAUGGGACAUCUGUUGUCCUCUUUGCCGGCAGUAAAUAAUCUGGAAAACCUGUCGUCUCAAAGCAUCGCCUCUCCAUCUCCAUUCAUGUUUCACCUGUCACAGCACAUGCUGGCAUCUCAGGGAAUCUCAUUGUCACCCUUUGGAGGAUUGUUCCCGUAUUCGUACAGUUACAUGACAGCACCGGCUCUCCCCACCUGCUCUGUAACCUCCACGCUGGCCAGAAACCACUGUUUCCGCAGCUCCCGGCCUUGGUUGCGAUUCAGCCCCUAUCAGAUCCCCACCUCUGUCACCUCGAGCCAAAGCCUGCUCACAACCAGAUCCACUGGCAGCUCAAACUCACAGUCCGAGCUGUCCAAAUCAGGGAGCAGAGAGUCGAGUCCAGUCUCUGACGAUCACAGUCAAAAAACCAAGGCCGGGCAGAAGAACGCUUCACCCAAAAACACUGUCAAAGGUUCCACUAAUGAACUGCAGAACACACACAGUCCGGUUAGAGGACUUGAUAAACCACCUCUUCCACAAUAGACUCUCAUCCACAUUGUUUUUCAACGUACACGUGAUAGACACAAUUUUAUAAGGAUGCACACACUAAUCACCAUAAAUAUUUUGUCAGAAAAUGCAUGUGUUGCUGCUAUUUAACAUGUCAUUAUGUCAUUAA